AUCUAUCUUCCCUCCUCCUCCUGUCAUUAUUUGUGUUGUCAAAUAGCAGGUUGUUUAUUUUUUGUUUUGCCGUCGUGUCGCGUUUUUGUAAUGAAAUACAUAGUAAUUUAAAUUAUUAAAUCGAUUUUAUAUAAGUAAAUAAAAUACUUGUUUAAAAUUGUGUUUCAACUAGAUAUGGGUAUAGAGAACAUGCGUCGUUGGCCCAUGUAUGUAUUGUUCGCUUUAUGCAUCCUGCUUUUCCUUUCACUCUUCAAUAGUUGGAGCAUGGAAACAGAAAUGCGAACAAAAAUGUCUGAAAUGAGUGCUCAGAUCCAGGAAUGUUCUAAACAGCAAACCUCUUGCGUUGCCGACUCUCUAACAUUGAUGGAACAAAGAAACUCGUAUGUGGAAAAAGUAAAAAACUUGGAGAAAAGCAAAGAUAAUUUAGCAGACGACGUUAUUUCAGCAAAGAAUAAACUGAAAAACGUAGAAGAAAAGGUAAAUUCUACUCGAGCAGAUUUACAACUAUGCAAAACAGAGUUGCAGUCGUUCAAAAACCUGCAAAUAACCAUGGCGGCAACAAUAGAGACAUUGAGGCUAGAAAAUUCACAGUUAGUGGAAAAGAAACAAAAAAUCGUGGAAUUAGAGAAAGAGAUUGAGAGAUUAAAGUCUGCAUUAACAACAAAAGCGGCUCCGUUACCUCCUAUGAAGAUAACACCAGCUGCACAACCAAUGAAGCAAAGUCCAGCUUUGGAUAAUAAUAAUAAUCUAGCAGAGAAGCCUCAAUUGGAGAACAAGAAAGUAGCAGAACAGGCCCCCAUAGAAAGUAAUAAUGCAAUCGAGCACCCAGCUUUAGACAGCAAUGACCAUGCUGACAGAAACAAAGACAACAAUGAUGUAGUUCUUGAAGAUAACAAUGCUAAUGAAGAACUUGACACAAAUAUGAAUGAUCAAGAAGUUGAUCCCCAAUUCCAAUAGGGUUAUUGUACUUGCCAAUCAAAUUUGUGAUGUGGUCGCCAUAGUAAAGGGUUGUAAUUGUAAUCAUCUCAUAUUUUUAAGCAGUUGUUUCAUUCACUAGUUAGACGUGCUUAUCGAAAUAUAUGUGAAACAAAUUACCUUAAUUUUAUUUCAUCAUGUAUUGUUUUAGUAAUUCUAUUGUGUCUCUAUGUUAUCAUAUAUUUUUUAUAUUAACUACUCAAUUCAUUGCCUGUCGCAUCUGCGCAAUCUUAUUGUUGUUCAAUUGUCUUCUCCUGGAUCAAAUGGUUAAUUAAUCAUUUUCUAAAAUAUUGAAAAAAGUUGAACAUAAAUUAUGAAUUUUGCUCUCUUUGUUUUAUUAAAGGGUAAAUUAGAAAUUGUAAUUGUGUUAUAUUUAUAAAUUGAUGAUAACUAUGUGUCACUUUUAAAUGUCACAAAGAUAUCUUCCUCGAAUAUUAACAAGCAAUUUACGAAUAUUUACAAUUUCAUGUCCCUGUAAAAUGAUUACAAAUUCAUUGUUAGGUAGCCAAUAAUGCAACAGCUCCUUGAAGUGGUGGAUACACAGAAGAGCUAAGCUCAGCUUAAAAUUAUCUCACAAAGUAAAUUAAGUCAUUUGUGGUAUAAAGUACUGCUAUGGUAUUACAUGUACAUUGCCGAAUUAAUAUGACAUUUUUAUUUCUAUUUCUAAAAUUCCUUUGUGUAAGUUACAUACUUAUUUGUAAUUUUGUCAUUGUCUCAAAAUUCUUUUGAAGCCUUAUUCAUAUAUCUCCAAAAUAAUAUACAUGUAAAAUGGGUAUGAUCUGUAGUACCUAUUCCUCUCAUGUGGUAUGUUCUUGACCAUGUGUGUGGAAUUAUUAUUGGAUGGUAUUGAAAUGAAUUUGAUAUUAUUUUUGUGGAUUUUUUUCUUGAUAGAGAAACAUAUUGUUGUAUUUGAAUAUAUUGCAUUUUCUAUAAUAAGGACUUGUUGUGUAUACUAAAACUGCAUUUAUUGAGUUCCAGUAUAUUUUCAAUUGUUACAUUGAAUUAUUGUAUGUUAUUCACUUUAUUCAUGUUACUUGAAAACAUUUUAUAGUUAUUAGACUUGAAUAAAUAUUCUGCAUUGGGCAUUUAUUUAUGUCCUAGAAAUUAAUAUGUUUAAUCUAAAUAAAGUGCUAUACUGUUCUUUGUUACUAUGAACGAGAAUACAAGCACUUCGCAAUUAAUAAUACUUACAUUACUAUUAGGUAUGUAAAAAAUCUGAUUUCUUUCGGUAUGUAUAGUCAACAGCUCAUCAAGAUACUAAAAUUAAUAGCAAAUUAGCUAUUACUAUGACAUAAAGAUCUAUACAGGGUACUUGAUAUGUGGUCGACUAUACAUGAUUUGUGAUUGCAACUAUGAUUACAGCAUAUUUACGAUGUCGUGUAUAAUCAACAACUUUGACUCACACAGUGACUAUUUUCAAUUACCAAUUCUUAAUUGAAUCAAAUUCAAUAAUUUGUCGCAAAUAGCUAUAGAAGUCUGUGUAAUUUGAAAAGGUAAUAGGGGUCUAUGAAAAUUUGUCACGCAUUUUUACCCAUGGAAUUAGUAGGUACUCCGUACAAGGAAGUACUUACUAAAUCCAUGUUUUUACCAUACUUUUACAGUAAUUCAUCAUACUUAGGUACCUACACAUACACCUGAUGACGAAUUAACUGUUAUGACGAAACUACAGCUCAUUUUGUCAUGUGAUUGCUUAUCCUAGAUCAUAGUUUAAAACUUUGUAAACAUUAAUGUGUUUAGAUUUCAUGACAACGUGCAUCAACAUAGUAUCUUACCGAGAAAUGCGAGAAGAAAAAUUACCUACCCAUCUGAACGCUUCUCUGAAAAUCAAACAAAUACCAAAUACAUAUGUUAUAAUCGUCCUAAUAAUAAAUCAUGUGUAGGAAUAUCUUUAACCCGUUAGGGCAUUUAACGUAUCUGGAAAUGUUUGUGUCAAUAUUAUGACAACGUCUAUAGACGCAGGUGUCAGCGAAAGUGUUAAGACUGCAAUAAAUCAGUGAGACAUUAUUCAAUGAGUUUAUUUUUAUUAGAUUUCAGCCAUAAAAAGAUGCCACAAAUUAGUUGCUUUUGGUAGAACUGACAAGACUAUUUAUAUAUAUUAUCAACAGCUUUUUAUGCGUUAUAGCGAUUACAAUUUUAAAGUAAAGCCAGAUUUAUAGGGACUUUAGACUUAGACUUUUGUAGAUGACAUUAUUGUUGUUAAGAAAAUGUGAUUAUGGUUUUUAUACAUGUGGGGAUUCAGAAAAUUUAUAGUUACUUUAUUUCUUUGUAUGACAAUAAAGUAGUGUUUUGCGAAA